UGAUUUUGUUGAAUUUCAGGCUUGCUGGUCUUGCUUUUAUGUUUUCGGCUAGCAUUCUGCUACAGAUAUUGGCUUGUGCAAUAUACAAUAAUUGGUGGCCCAUGCUAUCAGCUCUCAUGUAUGUGCUGGUGCCUAUGCCUUGCUUAUUCUUUGGGGGUGGAUCCACUCAGUUUCUGACCAGCAGGGAUGGUGGGGGUUGGAUAGAUGCUGCUAAAUUCCUGACGGGGGCGUCAGCUGUUGGGAGUAUAGCCAUUCCCAUUAUCCUUAGGCACGCUCAUAUGAUUGAAACCGGGGCUAUGUGGAUUGAGUUCACAUCAUUUGUCAUAUUUGUCUGCACUGUCAUGUGUUUUCACCGUGCUAGCCUAGAAGACGAGUGGUGAUUGAUGCCACGCUUGCUAAAUUCUGAUGCGACUUGCAUGCUCUUGUUCGGUGGACAAAUUGCCAUAUGAUCCAUAUGCAUGUGCAUGGGAAGAGAAACAUAUAAUUUCCCAUUUGUAAAUCCUUUGUAUUUAUAUCUUCCAAAUUAUAUUAUGAGUUAUCCGUGUUUGGUUGACUUACUUUGUAUCUCCACAUUAGGUUCUGUUUUAAACGGGAUAUGCUCUUAUCGUUCUUAUUUCUGAAUUCAGUUCCAGUAUUUUUAUAUCCCCAAACAA